GUAGCUUCCAAACGACAAACUGCUUACGCUACAAAAGCUCUCGAUGUCGACGACGUCAAGGGACAGCCUGGUGCUGGGGCGGGUGGUCGGCGACGUGGUGGACCAGUUCUCCGCGACGGCGGCGCUCCGGGUCUCCUAUAACGGCCGGCGCGUCAUCAACGGCUCCGACCUCCGGCCGUCGGCGGUGGCAGCAAGGCCUCGCAUCGAGAUCGGGGGCACCGAUUUCAGGCAGUCCUACACGCUUGUUAUGGUGGAUCCUGACGCUCCCAACCCGAGCAAUCCGACGUUGAGGGAGUAUUUGCAUUGGUUGGUGACAGAUAUUCCUGGGACAACUGAUAUUGAAUAUGCCACUCAAAUUAUUUCUAGAUGGCUUCAUGCUUUCAUCGACCGUUAUUUGUGCACCUUCUACUCUCUGAAUACUUCCUUAAUUGUUUUGAAACCCUGCAGCUGCAGGUCGCGAGGUGAUAUGCUACGAGAGCCCUCGGCCGCCGGCGGGGAUCCACCGCGUGGUGUUCGUGCUCUUCCAGCAGAUGGCGCGUGGCUCCGUCGACCAGCCGCCGGUUCUCCGCCACAACUUCUGCACCCGCAACUUCGCCGUCGACCACGGCCUGGGCGCCCCCGUCGCCGCCGCCUUCUUCACCUGCCAGCCCGAGGGUGGCACCGGCGGCCGCCGCCACGACCUCCGCCAGCCACGGAGACCGCCGGCGUCCUAGCUAGCUGCAGAAUGGCCGCCAGUACGCGUACAUACGUGUGCCACAAACGUACAGGCUACGACGACGACGUACGUAUACUCAGCUUACCAGCACGAUGAUGAUACGUACAUACAUGGCGUAUGUGUAUUUAUGCACGCAAGCGACAAACCCUAUAGACGUGCCAAGACUACGAAUCUCGUGAUAUGAGUUUGUGAUUGAUCAUGGUGAAUUAUAUUAGCCCUGCUGUAUUUGAUGGAGCUGCAUGAAAUAAUACUCUUGCAGUUAGUGCAUGCGGGUACUCGUGUAUACUUAGUUAACCUGUGAUCACGUACCAAGAAAUGAAAUAAAUUAAAUGUCGUCCCAGUUUAUCAA